AUGUCGUCCAGUGGCGAGGUGGUGAACGUGCUGCAUGAUUCCUCGACCGCUGCAGGUGGCAUGAAGGGCGUCUGCGCCAUAUGCCUGGAACGCCAGCGAGCAGGGAGAGGCCAUGCUCUUUUUACCGCGGACGGGAGCAUGCACGGGCCGAAGCUGCAGCUGCUGCAGCAGGCCAUGCUGUUCCUCAUCUCCCAACUAGGCCCCCACGACCGCCUCUCUAUAAUCACAUUCUCGUCACAAGCACACCGGGUAACGCCGCUUAGAAGGAUGACGAAGGCGGGGCGGCAGGAGGCGGAGGGGAAGGUGCGGGGGAUGGUGGCGGGGGGAGGGACGAACAUUGCCCAGGGGAUGUUGAAGGCGUUGAGAGUGGUGGAGGAGAGGAGGGAGAGGAAUCCGGUGGCGAGUAUCAUGCUGCUGAGUGAUGGGCAGGACACUGCCACGUGCAGCCAGAAGGGGUUCGGAUACAGCUCUCUCAACCACCCCAAGCAAACUUACAGCCGCCUACUCCCCAGUCAGAUGACCCGCAACAAAACCUCCUCCUCUUCUCAAGAUUCUUCCUCCUCCUCCCGUCGCUUAGUCCCCGUGCACACCUUUGGCUUUGGUGCCGACCACGACGCUGCUGCCCUGCACGCCAUAGCCGCCGACACAGCUGGCGUCUUCUCAUUCGUCGAGGAGCCGGCCGGCGUGACCGCCGCCUUUGCGCAGUGCCUGGGCGGCCUGCUGUCUGUCGUUAUCCAAGAGGCCAAGAUCUCGUUCGCCGUGGGAUCAGAUCUCCCCGGGUGGCAGAUUGCGGCAGUACAUGCGGGGGGGUAUGCAUAUAGGGUGGGGGAGAAGGAGAGGGACGGGGCUGUGCUGCUGGGGGAUUUGUACGCGGAGGAGGAGCGGCAUGUGAUGCUGGAGGUGUGGCGCAGACGACACGUGGAGGACGAAUCCCGAGCCAGGGACACAUCAGGAGCUGCACAGCGCGAAAUCAGCAGGCGGGUGGGAUAG